AUGGUCACCACUCCCAUGUACGCACAGCAGCCCCCGCGCGUUCAAGUCCCCGCCAACUAUUACACCAUUCCGCCCGGUCCAGACUCAACCCCGAUGCAGAUGCCAGCGUCUCAGCAAGAGGCCUACGACGCCUACACGGCUGAAGCAAGUGCCCUUCCAACAACCCAGCACCGAGCCUCGUCUGGAGCUUGGAGCGCGAUUGACGACAACAGACUCGUCCAAGCCAGGGCACAAGGUCUGAACUGGGGGCAAAUCAAGGACGCACAUUUCCCUACCAAGAGUGCCAAUGCAUGUCGCAAGCGCCAUGAGCGUCUAAUGGAGCGCAAAGGCGCAGAUGACUGGGAUACGCGAAAGUUCCAGCAGCUGGCGAAAGAAUACAUGGGCAUGCGAAAGGAGAUCUGGAGCGGGCUAGCUGCUCGAACGGGUGAAAAAUGGAACGUGGUCGAAUCCAAGUGCAUGUCCAAUGGCUUGAAGAAUCUACAAGCCGCUGCCCGGCAGGCUUCGCGCCGCGAACGCCUUGAGACUGGCUCUCACAUCACAGGGUAUGACGACGACAGCGGCAUUUCCGGCAUCGGCCUGACUCCUGUUGAUGAACUAGACGCAUCCUACAGCAGUCCUGAGACGAGCUCCUCGAUCGGCGCGACACACUCCUUCUCCUCCAACUCGGCGACCGCCUACCACCUCCAGGGCCACGGGGCGACGCACACGCAUCUACACCCCGUCAGCGGCGGAGGCGACCAGAGCUCCUAUGGCCUCGGCGCAUACGGCGCCUCCUACGGCGGCCACCAGGAGUACUCGUCCAGCGCGGGCUCUUCGGCGAGCAUGGGGCACAGGUACGCCUCCAGAGGAAGCAGUCCUUACAUGGACACGCAACGACUAUCCACCGCCGACAUGGGCAUCGACAGCUUGAUCAACCGGUCCGCCGGUCGGUAG